UUUCGGUUGUGUUUUUUUUUGUUUUUGUUAUUGUGUUGAGUUUUUUGGGCUUUAUGGUGAGCAGCUCAUGCAGCUAAGACGACACGUUAGACACAAAUUGGAUUUGACUUUGACUUUGCCAUAACAGCGCAAGAAUCCGUCAGCAUACCUGAGAAGCAAAAGGAAACAGAGUGAAAAGCACAAGAGAAAAGACCUGAUUCCUGGUUAACUUAUCCUUUUGUUUUCUUGUUUGGGGCAAAGCGAAAUGGCUUUCCUAUGUGCACCGCUGGCCUUAGUAAUGAUGACAUGGCUUCAAUUGGUGAUAUAUCGAUGAUCUCAUCACCGCCAACGUCUUCCAAUUCAAACGAUCAAGAGCCGUUUGGACAGCUGCCACCGCUACCACCGCCAUUGCGUUCCACCCAAGUGCUUCAGCCAUUGAGCGUGUUUCCAGUGUCCAAUUUGAGCGAAGAUUCUUACGAUUAUGUUUUUGGUGGUCGACGUAAACACAAUACGCCAACAACCACGUCAACACAACUCAAGCUGACCUCACCGCCAGUGCGACUGCGACCUGAAGACACCUAUCGCGGUGGUAAUAUAAACAACGGCCGUUUCUAUCGUCAUUCCUUUAGCUAUGCCCCAAAGCGUCAACAGCCACAUCAGCAGCAUCAACGUCAGCAUUUAAGUCGGGAUGAUCGUGAAUCAAGAUUAAGAUGUCAUGGCGAAGAUGAGGCCACAUUGCGCCAAUUGCUGCUCGAUUUGCAAAAGCAAGUUAGCGUGAUGAGCAUGAAUCUAUCAGCGAAACUCGAUGAGCUGCAGCGAGGCGAUCGACACCUGGAGACAACAGUCGCCUUGUGCGAAAUACGCACCCAGCUCCAAGAGCUGACCAAAUCGGUGGAGAGCUGCCAAAGUGAAGUGUCCGAGGUAAAACGUGACAUGGUGGCCAUUAAACAUGAAUUGGAUACUGUGCAGCAAGUGAAAGAGGAAAUUGAGGAGCUGCGCGAAUAUGUCGACAGACUGGAGGAGCAUACGCACAGACGGAAGCUAAGACUUUUAGAACAAGGUCUUACCUUCUUCCUAACCUAUUCAAUAUUCUCAGCGGUGCUGGGAAUGUUGCAAUUUGGUUACAAUACGGGAGUGAUCAAUGCACCCGAAAAGAAUAUUGAGAAUUUCAUGAAGGAUGUGUACAAGGAUCGCUAUGGCGAAGAUAUUAGCGAGGAAUUUAUACAGCAAUUGUAUUCAGUUGCCGUAUCCAUAUUUGCCAUUGGUGGCAUGCUCGGCGGUUUCAGUGGCGGCUGGAUGGCCAAUCGAUUUGGCAGAAAAGGCGGCUUAUUGUUAAACAAUGUGCUCGGUAUAUCGGGCGCUUGUUUAAUGGGUUUUACCAAAGUUAGUCAUUCCUAUGAAAUGUUAUUCCUUGGCCGGUUUAUAAUUGGUGUUAAUUGCGGUCUCAAUACAUCAUUGGUGCCAAUGUACAUCUCGGAAAUAGCGCCACUGAAUCUACGCGGUGGCUUAGGUACUGUUAAUCAAUUGGCUGUGACUGUAGGUUUAUUAUUAUCCCAGGUGCUGGGCAUUGAACAAAUCUUGGGCACCAAUGAGGGCUGGCCCAUACUGUUGGGUCUGGCCAUAUGUCCAGCAAUAUUGCAAUUAAUUUUACUGCCCGUUUGUCCCGAAUCGCCAAGAUAUUUGCUCAUUACCAAACAAUGGGAGGAGGAGGCAAGAAAGGCAUUGCGUCGUCUGCGUGCCUCUGGCUCUGUUGAGGAGGAUAUUGAGGAAAUGCGAGCCGAGGAGCGUGCCCAACAGGCCGAGAGCCAUAUAUCGACCAUGGAGCUAAUAUGCUCACCCACACUGCGUCCGCCAUUGAUCAUUGGCAUUGUGAUGCAGCUAAGUCAACAGUUUAGCGGUAUCAAUGCCGUUUUCUAUUACUCCACAUCGCUCUUUAUGAGCUCCGGCCUGACGGAGGAGAGCGCCAAAUUUGCCACAAUUGGCAUUGGUGCCAUUAUGGUUGUAAUGACUCUGGUCUCCAUACCAUUGAUGGAUCGCACGGGUCGUCGUACUCUGCAUUUGUAUGGUCUUGGCGGCAUGUUCAUAUUCUCCAUAUUCAUCACAAUAUCGUUUUUGAUCAAGGAGUUUUUUGGUUAUGUACAGGAAAUGAUCGACUGGAUGUCAUAUCUCUCUGUGGUGGCCACCUUGGGCUUUGUGGUCUUCUUUGCCGUUGGACCCGGAUCCAUACCGUGGAUGAUAACGGCGGAGUUAUUCUCGCAAGGACCUCGACCGAGUGCCAUGGCCAUAGCCGUGCUGGUCAAUUGGAUGGCUAAUUUCGUUGUUGGCAUUGGUUUCCCCAGCAUGAAGACUGCUUUGGAGAAUUAUACAUUCUUACCGUUCAGCGUAUUCUUAGCCAUAUUUUGGAUAUUCACCUAUAAGAAGGUUCCUGAGACCAAAAACAAAACAUUUGAAGAGAUUUUGGCUCUCUUCCGUCACAAUAAUGGCAGGAGUAUGCUAAACUGCACAAAUAGCUUGGAGCCACAAUCAAUGAAUUCUGGCAUCGAGCAUGCCGCCUUGAUGGUAUCUGAGGAGAAGACCCAACAUGACUCACCUGCAUCCGAGCGAUUUUUAGACGGCGGCCGAAGUACACACCAGGGCCGGAACGCUGCCUCUGUGCCCCAUCACCUUCGUCAGCAACCAGCACCAACUGUCUGCCUGCCGAACAGCGGGCCUUGACUGAGGAGCAACGCCUCACCUGAACCUCCUCCUCCUCCAACAUUGUCUCCGCCUCGGCAUCCGCAUCAGCCUGAACACCAACAACAGCAACAACAACAACAAGAAACUGCCAUCAGUCGCAAUGAAGAGCAGCAAAUACGAUUCAACACGACAACAACAACAACAAACACACACGAAUAUAUACAUUGCAGUUAUGACAACAAAGAUAUUGUAUGUGAUCAAGCCUCCUCUUCAAUGCACUUGAACUCUCACGAGCCGCCUCUUUCGGCUCAAACUCAGGAGUCUCAGAAUGCCAUUUUGAGUCACUGCCAACGCAGCAAGCAGCAGCAGCCGCAGCAGCAACAUAGCCACAGUCACAGCCAUAGUCAUAGUCCGCAUCACAGUCGUCACACAUCACCGCACAGUCACUCCCAGCAGCAGCAGCAGCAGCAGCAACAACAGCCACAGCAAUCACAUGCCCAUUCCCAUCAUCAUCAUUAUCGUCGUAAACGAAGACAGGCAACUGGAAGUGGUAGUCUACCCGGAGCCCAUACCAGCAACCAUCAUCAUAGCAAUAACAACAACAACACAAAUACAUCCUCGUCACGGCAUUCAAAUGGUUGCUCAUCAUCGAAUCGUCGUCGUCAUCGUUCGGUCACCGAUAUGUCCUCCAAUUCUAUCAAUGCCGAUCGUGAGAUUCAAGAGAUCAUGAUGGUGCGCAAAACCUGUUGCACUGAGUUGGCCCAAUGCUUUGCCGAGGAUCUGUACGGCUCGUCUUCACGUCGUCCGAGCAGUUGUUGCACCAGCUCCGAUUAUUGCUAUCAAACCGAUUCGACUAGCCUCUACGGCGAUUCCCGGUCCACAUUGAGUCGGAACAAUUCAAUCAAAUCGGCAUCGGCGGCCAUCAGGAAGCAGCAACGUUUGAAUAAUCGUCAACCCAGUUAUACCUCCAUAUCGCUGCGUGGCCUCAAUGAUAGCUCGUUAACCUCGAUCUUUGAUCGUGCCAAACAGACCGCCUCCGCCUCCGGCCUACCCGAAUAUGCCUGCUCACCCUCGCCCAUACGCUGGAGUUUUCUGGCCGGCGACAAUGAUAACAAUGGCAGCAAAUCAUCGACAACGGAAAUCGAGCAGAGAUCCGUUGAGCGCGAGGAAGAGGAUAAAAUGGAUGCCUGGCAUGUCCCGGAGCCGGAGAAGAAGCCAUGCCGCAAGAUAAGCUAUCAGGACGAUGAUGAGGGACCCAGCACAUCGGCAGCAGCUGCUGCCGCACGUAAACGUCGCAGCAGCAGCUAUCAUUGUGAAUUCGAGGAGGAGGAAGCUUCCACCACGGCCAUAUUGUAUCAUCAGGAUCCGGGUGAAUCGUUUAACAAUUGCUGCAGCAAUUAUAUACAAUGCAAUACGUAUUUGGAUCAGGAUUUGCAAAUAACCAGCGAGGAUAUACAUCAGUAUUUGUCCAAGGGUCAACAGUCGAUUGAUUCAUCGGAUAUAUUAAACAAUUCCAAGAAUUAUCCUUUUCAACCCAGCAAUACAUUGGAAUUUCAAUAUAAAAACAAUUUCCAACAGAAUGGUAAUCAAAAUGUUGAUCAAAAGGAAACGAAUCUCAAUCAAAUGGAGGAGCAGCAUCAUCAUCAUCAGCAGCAGCAGCAUCACAAUCAGCAGCAACAACAACAACAACAACAGCAGACCACCAACAUCAAUCUAUCGACCAGUUCGAACAACAUCAACAUUGUGUUCAACAGCAAUAUGCAAUCAAAUGCCGGCACUGCAACUGCCGGCAACGAGGUGAAGUUCAUCAACAAUUGCAAUCGAAGCUACGACUACACCAACAUGUCGGGUCAUCUGAAUUUUGAUAAGCCGCUGGGCAUUGUGGAAUUGCCAAAGGAAUUCGGUGUCAUUGGCGGCGGUCAUGCCGAUGCCUCGAUCAAUUCAACAACCGCAAGUGAACACUCAUCAUCGCUGCCAUCGCCCACACCGAUGCCGCAUCAUUUCGAGUCAUUUGAUGCUGCCUCCGAGCAUAAUCUUAUGUCACCGUGCCUUGGUUCACCGGGCUCGGUCAAUCCCAGUGGCGAUGAUUCCUUUGUUCACCUGCAUCAUCAUCAUUCCCAUCCGCAUUCACAUCAGCAUACGCAUCAGCAUCAGCAUCAGCAUACGCAUUAUACGCACUCGCACCCGCAUAGCCAUGCUUCCUCCGCAUCCGCCUCUGCCUCCUCAUCCCAUCACCAUCAGCAACAUCAGCAUAUGCACACCUACAACAUGGCCGAUGCCGAGCAAUUUCGUCUGGGCAAUGCCUUCAAGAAAGUGCGCAAGCGUGCACGCAAAUACACAGAUUUCCUGCGUAAAAAGUGAAAUGGAAAUCAAUUGAUACAAUAAUCCUUCUCCUUAAUCCCCAAACUCACACACACACACACACCAUCACAAACAUACAUAUAUACAUAGAUUCGCCCUAUUUUGGACGUAAAUAUGUGGUUGUUGCCAAGCCUCGGCAGCGUCGUACGCAAAGCCUGGACGAGGAUUGAGAGGGGAGCAGCAACAACCGCCGCAGCAGCCGCCGCAGCAGCAGACAAGCAAUAACUAAGCUAAACAAAAAACCAAAAACAAAUAUUAAAACAAAAUA